ACACCUCCUGCGUGGACUGUGGAUAACUGGCUGGCAUUUCUCGCCGGCCGCCGUAUCCCAUCUCGUAGCACCACCACUGAUUUUUGUCGAAAUCCAACCAUAUCCAUGAAAUUGGCUUCCACAAUCCACAGCAAUGGAGUCCGAUUUCCCUUCUCUUCCGAGUUUAAUCUCCUCAAACCAACACAAGUUACCUGCCCUAAGAGCAUCCCUGUUCGGUGCAAUCUUCGCCGCUCUCACUACCUUCUCGCGGACGUUUCAGGCAGUUGUGUCUGUGAUCGAAGAUAUUAUUCGGUAGCCUUUAAAAGCAUUGAAAGAAGAAACCAUCUUGCGUUACGUGACUCCAAUGCUAAUUAUGGAUGGAGGUUUGAUCGUGAGCAAGAAACUUCUACCUCAUAUAAUAGAGGAAGGAAGGCGAGCCUUAAUGCUAUCAAUGAUAAAGAGAGACCGUGUACUGAUACCUCUGGUGGUGGUUCAGGACAUAUGGAUUCAAAUACUGCAGAUUAUAUCUCUUCUCUCAAAACGGUCGCCUUUUGUGUGCUAUCAGCUGUGACAUUUGGUAUUGGUUUGGGCUUCAAAGAUGGAGUGGACAAAGCAUCCGAGUUUUUUGCUGGGUAUUUACUGGAGCAGAGUUUAUCAGUAGACAAUCUCUUUGUGUUUGUCUUAAUAUUCAACUAUUUCAAAGUACCGUUUGAGUAUCAGAAUCGAGUUCUUUCUUAUGGUAUUGCUGGUGCUGUAUUCUUCCGGUUGUCAUUGAUUCUUCUUGGAAUAGCAACAGUUCAGAAAUUUGAGGAAAUCAACCUGUUGUUGGCGGCAAUACUAUUGUACUCUUCAUUCAAGUUAUUCUCUGAAGAAGAUGAGGAUACUGAUCUCUCAGAUAAUUUCAUUGUAAAGACAUGCCAGAAAUUCAUCCCUGUAACAUCUAAUUAUGAUGGGAAUCGAUUCAUAACUGUUCAAAAUGGCAUGUGGAAGGCCACACCUUUGCUCCUAACCGUGGCAGUUAUUGAGCUCAGCGACAUUGCAUUUGCUGUGGACUCCAUACCAGCGGUUUUUGGUGUGACACGGGAUCCUUUCAUAGUUUUUACAUCUAAUCUCUUUGCAAUUUUAGGUUUAAGGUCAUACUACAAACUUGUCUCGGAAAGCAUGGCAGAAUUAGAGUAUUUGCAGCCAGCCAUAGCUGUCAUUCUGGGAUUCAUCGGGAGCAAGAUGAUUCUAGAUUUCUUUGGUAGGUUUGCGCAUACCGACUGAAAUUUCCCUGGGAUUCGUAGCUGCAUCUCUCACCACAGGGGUGCUGCUAAGUUUGAUCAAUAAUAAAGAAUCGGGGUGAGUAAAUGUCUGUGUCUGUCUGAACAAGAAGAGAAGAGAAGAGAAUCCAGAUGAGACUGACCGACUUCCUUGUAUCUUCCUUGAUUAUACUUCCUUGAUUAUACUUCCUUUCUUCUCAUUCUUUCUUCCUACCAUCUGUACACUUGUAUCUUGCCCUUGAGGAAGAUUUGAAGGGAUUCUUCUUAGAUGUGUAUAUAUGUAUAUGUGGAAGGCAAAUACCAUGUUUCUGACUCUGAGAUGAUGUUACAUUCAAAUAGGAGUACUAAAAAAUAAAUAUAAAAUUAGUUUCUGUUUCUCUAGUCAUCCAAUUUGAUUAUUAUUUGCA